AACUAAUGAGAAACGCGAUGUUAACUGUAUCACAAUUCGAAUGCGCUCAUGUGGACAAUAAUUCCAUUUCUCGGAUGUAUCACUUGGGCGAUCGCAAGCUCAACCACCACUGGUGUCGGCUGUGCGAUCUCGAUAAAAUACAAAAGCGGUGAUCUUAAAGAGCCUCAACCGCUCCUCUUGAAACGCGAUGCUAAGCACGCAUUCAGCAUCUGGUAUCCGGAUGACGAUAAUGGGACUUUAACUAUUCCUGAGAGCGGUUCCAUUUAUUUGACUUGCCCAGGUAAAGACAAUUAUCUCCAAAACAGAAGUGUGGGCAAUGAGGCUGAGGCAAUUUGCGUGAAGGAUACGGUGUUUAGCGUGAAUGGAGCUCUACACAACUUCUCGUCUCUAGUUUGCAAAUCUCACAGCAAGCAUCAUGCAAGAUAUACAGGAUCGCUGCCCUGUCUCGGCAGACACAGACUUCUCGAGAUCGGUUUCAACACGAGCACCGCUUCCAUUCGCACUAUUGAAUUGUGCCGCGAUGAUAAGACGUAUACGACGUAUGUCACCAAAUUUAAGAUGUCGCGAUUGAUCAAAAGUUCUCAAAAAGGUUAUCCCAGACCGCAAAAGUUUGAGGCGGGAGAAUUUUAUCCCGGAGUAAAUUUAGAUAAACUGUACAAAUUUGAGAACCAGCUGAACACAAUCGCUAAAAUCCUGAAUUCGACCGAAUUGGCUAAGAAGCGAUUGAAGAAGUCAGAACAAUUUCUUUCUCGCGGUCAUAUGGUGGCCAAGGCGGACUUCGUGUAUGGCGCCAUGCAGAGGUCGACCUUUUGGUACUUAAACACUGCGCCGCAGUGGCAGUCUUUUAACGAUGGUAAUUGGAAUUCGCUAGAAGAUAGCGUAAGGAAGUUUGCUGCCAGCCAAUAUUUGGAUCUUGACGUUUACACGGGAGUGCACGGUCAGAUGACCAUGGAGGAUGAACGCGGUAAACAACGGCUAAUCUAUCUGCACGCGGAGGGUGCGAUCGUAUCUGCACCUAAGUUCUAUUGGAAAGUCAUCUACGAUCCAUCAAGCAAGCGGGGCACGGCGUUUGUAGGUCUCAACGAUCCGUUCAUCAAGACGAUUACAGCUGAUGUGUAUUUGUGCGCGGAUAUCAGCAAGAAGAUCAAGUGGUUGAGCUGGAAACCGCGCGAUAUCACAGCCGGUAUCUCUUACGCUUGCAGCGUCGCCGACCUGCGAAAGGCGGUGGCAGCUGUGCCGGCGCUCGAUGUGAUCGAUAUUUUAAUGUGAUUUAAUUACACUUCCUCUGUAAAAGCAGAGAAAAGCGUGAGAGCGGUCAUCUCAUUAUAUUAUUUUAUGACAACGCUCAUUAGUUUUAGCGCUAUACAUCUGCAAAAGUGGAUGUAGAAACUACCCAAACAGAACAAAACCUUCAUUAGACAUUUAUUAGAUAUUGCAUGGAGUUUUUGAUGUCUAAUGUAUGUCUAAUGGAGUUUUUGUUCUGUGUGGGUAUGGAGCAACACCUACUUUUAGUCGUAGAUAGAUGUAACCGUUGACUUAUGCCGGAAUCAGUGAAGUUUAACUACUACAUAAUUUUAAUGCUUUUGUUUAUACGCGUUCAUUAUAAACAAAAGCAUUAAACUCUUAUGAUUAAACUUUAUCUGCAUAACCACAUUCAUUUUACUGUCGAUAAGUGGUUAAUCGAAUCUGUACAAAUCGGUAUUACUAUGUACAAAAUGCGCGACAAAAAUUAAAAUGAUCAUAUUUAUUCAGA